CCGGAGGCCCGGAUGGUGCGUGUGUUGGGUCCUGGCCGAGCAGACCAGUGUUGCGGGCCUGCAGUCGGACUCGCCGAGGGCCGGAUUCUGACGCCCAUUCCUGACGACACGCUUGCAGCUUUGGUGAUUUAACAGGCCAGAGCCGAGGAGCAUGUGAAUUUGAGGGCCCAGCAGCGCACCUGCCCAGUCUGGCUGCGAGUCUGACCCCAUGCUGCAGCAGCAGCGCGCCCAAGUUCAGACAUUCCAGUGAUGCACCAUGCCAAUAGUUGAUAAGUUGAAGGAAGCCCUGAAACCUGGCCGCAAGGACUCGGCCGAUGAUGGAGAGCUGGGGAAGCUUCUGGCCUCUUCUGCCAAGAAGGUCCUUCUACAGAAGAUCGAGUUCGAGCCAGCCAGCAAGAGUUUCUCGUAUCAGCUAGAGUCAUUAAAGAGCAAAUAUGUGUUGCUGAACCCCAAAACGGAGGGAGCCAAUCGCCACAGGAGUGGAGAUGAGCCACAGGCCAGGAGACAGGGCAGCGAGCAUGCAUAUGAGGGCUGCUGUGAUGGUGUCCCCGCUCCGCAGAAAGUGCUCUUCCCCAUGGAGCGGCUGUCUCUGAAGUGGGAGCGAGUGUACCGCGUCGGAGCGGGGCUCCACAACCUCGGCAACACCUGCUUCCUCAACUCGACUGUACAGUGCUUGACCUACACGCCGCCCCUGGCCAACUACCUGCUCUCCAAGGAGCAUGCUCGGAACUGUAACCAAGGAAGCUUCUGCAUGCUGUGUGUCAUGCAGAAUCACAUCGUCCAGGCCUUUGCCAACAGCGGCAAUGCUAUCAAGCCCGUCUCCUUCAUCCGAGAUCUGAAAAAGAUCGCCCGGCAUUUCCGCUUCGGGAACCAAGAGGACGCACAUGAGUUUCUCCGGUACACCAUCGAUGCCAUGCAGAAGGCCUGCCUGAGCGGCUGUGCCAAGUUGGAUCGUCAAACGCAGGCUACUACUUUGGUCCACCAAAUUUUUGGAGGCUAUCUCAGAUCGCGUGUGAAGUGUGCGGUGUGCAAGAGCGUCUCGGACACCUACGACCCCUACUUGGACGUGGCGCUGGAGAUCCGGCAAGCUGCAAAUAUUGUGCGUGCGCUGGAACUUUUUGUGAAGCCAGAUGUCCUGAGUGGAGAGAACGCCUAUAUGUGUGCUAAAUGCAAGAAGAAGGUUCCAGCCAGCAAGCGCUUCACCAUCCACAGAACAUCCAGUGUGCUGACCCUCUCCCUCAAGCGCUUUGCCAACUUCAGUGGGGGGAAGAUCACCAAGGAUGUAGGCUAUCCAGAAUUUCUGAACAUCCGUCCGUACAUGUCCCAGAGUAAUGGCGAGCCUGUCAUGUACGGGCUGUACGCCGUCCUGGUCCACUCGGGCUACAGCUGCCAUGCUGGGCAUUAUUACUGCUAUGUGAAGGCAAGCAAUGGACAGUGGUACCAGAUGAACGAUUCCUUGGUCCACUCCAGCAACAUCAAGGUGGUUCUGAACCAGCAGGCCUAUGUGCUCUUCUAUCUGCGAAUUCCAGGCUCUAAGAAGAGUCCUGAGGGCUCCAUCUCCAGGACAGUCUCCUCCCUUCCUGGCCGCCCCGGUAUGGUUCCAGACCACGUCAAGAAGAACGUUGGGAACGGGACUGUUUCCUCCCCUCUGACUGGAAAGAGACUAGAUCUUGCAACUAUGAAAAAGCUGCAGACCACUGAAGAGAUAGGUGUGCCCAUUUCCAGGAAUGGCUCUGUGUCGGGCCUGAAGUCUCAGAAUGGAUACGUUCCUCCAAAGCCGCCCUCGGGGUCCCCUUCCCCCAGACUCUCCAAAACACCCACACACUUGCCGACCAUUCUGGAUGAGCCUGGAAAGAAGGUCAAGAAAUCUGCUCCCCUACGGCACUUCUCCCCAUCACCCAAGAAUUCUCAGGGGUUCCAUGGUACCAGCGACUCGAGCGGCAGCAGGUCUGAGAGCCACAGGCAGGGCUCCUGGGAUGGCAGGGGCGCCAUCCUCUCUACCUCACCCAAGCUCCAGGCUGGAGUGACUGCCAACGGGCACGGGCCCAAGGCGGGUGACGAGAGCUCCGACCCAGAGAGGAGGGAUUCCAGUAGCUCCAGCCCAGAGCACUCUGCCAGCAGCGACCCCGUUAAGCCCCUCCAGACCCCCAAGAGCGCAGCCGCCCACUUGUGUGAUUCUCAGGGAACAAACUCUUCCUCCGCUGGCCACUCCAAAGCGCUGCCAAACGGAGAAGGCUCUAAGGUGGUGAAGCCGAAGUCCCCUGUCCUGAACAACACCGCCACUGAGCCCACGAACAUCAUGUCUCCUCCACCAGCCAAAAAACUGGCCCUUUCUGCCAGGAAGGCCAGCAUUCUGCGGAGGGCAACCGGCAAUGACCUCCAUCCACCUCCCCUCUCACCAUCCUCCGACCUCACCUACCCCAGGAAAACCACUCACCCCGUCGUCGCCUCCACCUGGCCUGUCAGUACAAUCAGGGCUGGUGCGCCUGCUCCCAGAUCAUCCAGACAUCUGAAGCCCCGCCUCGGGCCCUGCUCUGCAUCAGUGUCCAGUAGCCCCCAGCCUCUCCAGACGUCAGACCCACCGAGCUGCUCCCCCACCUCUGCUCCCCUGCCUCAGGUCAAUGGGGGCUUCCGGUCCCCUCUACACCAGCUGUCAGAGGCCAGCGAGUCCCCCCACAGCCUCUGUAAGAAGAGGAAAAGGAACCCCAUGGGAGAGAUCCAGGGGCCGGGCUCAGUGACACAGGAAGCAGCCACAGCCCCUCCGGGGAAGAGGAGGAAGAAGAAGAGGAAGCGCGCGGAGGACGUGGAUGCCUGCCCCCCACAGGAGGGGCAGACACAGAGGCAGCACUGGGGCCCGGAGCACAGGAAGCAGGGCCGGGCAGAGCUGCCAGUGGACAGACUGGAGGAAGAAGGCCAGCAGCAACAGGUGAACGGCCAGCGCCUGGUGAACGGCCGGCAAGUGGGAUGCGUGGCAGACGGCCACCACGUGAGCAACAGGAAGAGGAGGAAGAAGGGAGCGGAGGGCCUCGGUGGAGAAGGUGGCCUCCACCAGGACCCUCCUUGGCACAGGAGCUGCUCCCGCUUGGACGUUGUCGAGCCAGAGACCACUACAGCAUCUCCAAGGAAAAAGAAAAAGAAGAAAAGGAGGGAGGAGUCACAGCAGGAAGUAGAAGAGAACGAGCACCCUAAAGGCCACAGGGGCGAGAGGCAGGGGGGCUCUGCUGUCCCUGGGAGUGGGCCCUCGCCCGCUGUGACCAGCCAGUGUCCUGGAGGCCACACAGGGCUGGAACAGGCUCCUCUUGUAUCCUGGAAUAGAGUGGGAGAAUGCGAUGUGGUCCAGGAAUUGCUCAAGUAUUCAUCUGAUAAAGCUUACGGGAGAAAAGUUUUGACAUGGGACGGUGAGAUGUCAGCUGUCAGUGAGGAUGCCAUUCAAGACAGCAGGCUGGCCCGCGCCGCCAUGGUGAUUGACGACUGGGAUGAGGAGUUCGAUCGGGGAAAGGAAAAGAAAAUGAAAAAAUUCAAGAGAGAGAAGAAGAGAAACUUCAACGCCUUCCAGAGACUUCAGAGUAGACGGAACUUUUGGUCUGUGACCCAUCCAGCUAAGGCUGCCAGCCUCAGCUAUCGCCGCUGAAUUUGCUGCUGUCGAGAUAGCCUCCACAGAUGAGGCGUCGCUGCCUGGGAACUGUCCGUCUGGACUGAAGAGCAGCCUUGUGGAUUCCGCUGGCCCUCUUACCUCCAGGCCUUGCACUGUGAGCCUGCCAUGGGAGGACGGCCCACAGAGGCACUGGGCUUCUGUGGAUCAGGAGCGCUGGUGAAACAACACGCACUAUGAGAGACCACACAGUGCCAUGUAGAGCAGGCAGCAGCACACCAGCUGGGAGGGGCCUGAGCGUCCUGUGUUCCUGGACAGCGGCUUCUUGUCUGGGGCUGUGGGAGA